UUUUGAGGAUGUUCAGCUUGAGGAGGAAGAUACUGAUGAUUCAAUUGAAGAAGAUCAUGACCCUUUGCUCCACAAUGAUGACUCUCCUCACAGUCCAGCAAUUGGCAACUGCUCUGCUUAUUCACAUCGGUCGUGUGAUGGGAUACACAAAGGCCAAGGCUUUGAACAUGGAUACUGCUAAGAAGCUUCUUUGGGUGUCACUUUUCUACAAUGCCAAUGUAGCCUUUGCUUUAGCAAGCUUGAAAGGGGUUAAUAUACCCAUGUAUAUUGCUAUCAAACGACUUACACCACUUGCUGUGUUGGUGGCUGGAUUCUUUUCAGGGAAGAAAAGACCUUCAAGACAGGCGAGUCUUUCAGUGAUCCUAACAGCUGUUGGGGUACUUAUUGCAGCACUUGGAGAUUUUUCCUUUGACCUUUUUGGUUACAGCAUGGCAUUAACUUCUGUCUUUUUUCAGACAAUGUUCCUAGUCUUAGUUGAGAAAUCUGGUGCAGAAGAUGGACUCUCAUCAGUGGAGAUAAUGUUCUAUAACAGCUUUUUGUCACUUCCAGUUCUUGUGUUUCUCAUUUUAGCAACAAAAGAGUUUCCUGAUUCACUAUCUUUGUUGUUUGGCAAGAGUUCCUCCGUCAUUUUUGGUGAUCCUUGCUGCUUCUCUAAUCAUGGGCAUUGCUCUCAACUUCACCAUGUUCCUUUGUACGAUAGUCAACUCUGCUCUGACGACCACUAUUGUUGGAGUUCUGAAAGGUGUUGGAUCAACGACCCUUGGAUUUGUCUUGCUGGGAGGAGUAGAAAUACAUGCUCUGAAUGUGACUGGAUUGGUCAUUAACACUGUAGGAGGCGUUUGGUAUUCUUACGCCAAAUACCAGGAGAAGAAAAAGAAGCUACCUAAGACAAUUCCUGAUGCGGAGGCAUAUCGAAAAUAAUA